AUGGAGUCUCCAGUGGUGUCAGUGCUGAUCUUGGCUGUGAUUACCUUCUACACAGGUAAGCAUGAAUUCAUUCUCACCUUCAGUCUACCUGGGUUUAUAAAAUCUUUUCACAAUAUGCUAUUUCAUUUUUGUCAUUGUUGUUGUUGUUGUUGUUGUUAAGGAAAUUCUGAGCAAUAUUUCCACAAAAUUGAUGAGGAAAACAUUUAACAAUGACUGAACAUUGCUCUUUCAUUGCUCUCUGUUUUCAGUCCCUUCAUGUGGCCAGAAGAUAAUGGCCUCUCAAAACCCAUUACCAGUGGGCAGCACAGUCACACUCUCCACCGAUGCCAAUGUCAGCUCAGGAGUCUGGCUCUUUGAAAAUGAUAUCAUUGUGUUUAUUAUCCUGGGGAUUCCAACCAUUUCUGACUCUUGGAGCUCCAGAGUGACUUUUAAUUCAACUACUUCAUCAUUGACUAUAAGGUCACUACAGCUGCAGGACACGGGAAUUUACAAAUUAGAGGCUUUGAAUACUUUCAGUGCUGAGUUAACACUCAAUGUUCAAGGUAAGGAUCAUUUCUUUGUUUUAUCUGGAGACUGAUUUCGCCAAGGUUGGUCUUAGAUUUCAACUUGAUUUGAAUUCAGGCUCGGAGAUUAAACUUGCUAAAUAAGACAUUUCUGACUUCCACUGCAGCUGAUACUUAUUGGCAAGUUACAGAGACAAAAGGACACCAUUUCAAUUCCCUUCAAUGUCAAAAUAUGUUUAUUUGUAGUAAUUUACAUUAAAAUGAAUGUUACCAUCAAAGAUCACGUUGACAAGAUGAACAGGAUUAUAAACUGACAUUUCUGUCCUCAUUCAGCUCUCAUUUUCAAGCUUUGCAGUUGACACAUCAUUAAACAUAUUAAGGCAAAUAUCACAAGUUUUAGCACUGAGUUAUUGCCAACACUUAUGGUUAAAGUUUCUCAGCAGAGAUCUUUAUCAGAAAUGUUUGGGACUCAUGCUGCUCUCACAUUUCUGUCCUGAAACAAAAACAAACAGUGUCAACAAGCAGGAUUAAAAAUGAGCCAGAACUCAUUUUCAUGGAUCAAUUUGAUAUAACCUCUGUGAUAAGGAUGUCCCUGAAAUCACUUUUGUUGCAAAGACUUUAACCCUGCUGUAAUGGAGUUUUAACCAAUCAGAAUUAAGUAUCUAACACAGUCUAGUAUCAAGUAAAAUAGCAACGUAAACAGGAGACAAAUUUUUGUUUUCUACUUUGCAGAACCCAUUUCAAGUGUGACUCUGGAGGUAGAUAAAAGCAGCCUGGUGGAAUUCAAUGACACAGCAGUUCUCAUGUGUUCUGUGUCCAACGGCUCCUCCCUAACUUAUGUUUGGACGAUAGACGACUCUGUGAUCACACCUGCUGAGGACGUAGAGUUUAGUGAUGAAGGUGCCACUCUCACCCUGGUGGAUGUGAUACGUCAAUUUGAGGGGGAGUUUAAGUGCAUUGUGUCCAAUCUUCUCGGCCAAGUAGUCAGCUCUCCCGUAGAUCUGACCGUCAGCUGUAAGUUUGAAGGCCUUUUUCUUUUUUUACGUAACACUACAUCACUCAAUCUUUGUCCUUACAUGGUGUUCCUCUUGUUCCUCCAUCAGAUGGUCCGAGUAAUCCAUUAAUGGAAAUCACACCAAUGGGCAGCUAUCACAGAACAGGAUCCAACAUCACUCUAUCCUGCUCAGCUGAGUCCAGCCACCCAGCUCCAAUCGUGUGGAUGGUGAACGACACUUACCUCGAAAAUGUCGGCCCACAGCUUCAACUGGAGAUGGUCACAAAGAAUGACUCGGGAUACUAUGAAUGUCUAUUUCAUAACACGGCCACAAUGAGGUUCAGCAGUGCAAGUGCAAUGAUCAGGGUAGUGAGUAAGUAUUUGUGGAGUUCGUAUUUCCAGAUUGUCUUUUCCUCUGUAAUGAUGCUCAGGUUGAUGUUGAGAAAUAGUUUGACAUUUUAGGUAACGUACUCUCCUGCCCUUCCUCCAAGAAUUACUGACAUAGCUCUCAUAUACAUGCAUUCAAUAUGUAGUGUAACAUGCAGCAGAUUAACUUAGCUUUUCAACAAUGUUGGGAACUGGGGGAGAUUUUGAAACCAUGCAAUUCAUGCAGAGUAUUUCAAAAGUGCUGAUUACUUGGGGGUGCCAUUUUUCAGACAAACCAAGUGACAUCCUAAAGUCUUUCUGACUUUAACUGCAAUGCUAGGCCAUCAACAGGUUUUUAAAUAGGACAAACUAUUGAAAAGUUAUGUAGUUAUUAACAAACUCUUUGAGGGUACUGUAAGGCAUUGCUCUGUCCUGCCUGGCCUGUUGUCUCACAGCGAUCUGGCCAAAAAACUAAUUUUGCGAUGCUGUAUUCAUGGAGCCGGGGCAUGCACGGGGAAAGCCAUGAGACUGACAUAUUCUGCUAACCAAAACAUUCACCCAGAAUGUCAAAGAUCCUUCAGGUCAGCAUAAUUUACAGCAGAACAGGUUCUUGUGUUGAUUUGACACAGACGCUCACAUUUAUGGAAAGUUCAGCGACUCGUGUGUCUGAGGCUGUAACAUAAUCUCUCCCAGUCUUCCCUCUGUGCUGGUCUUGUUCUGAAGCCUCAUUUCAGCCUUAUUUGUCUACAGAGCUGUCAGUCAUGAUGUCACAUCCUCUCUUUUUAGGCUCAAAUGACGAGUAAAGUCUCAGAAAAGUGAACAGUUGCACAGGAGUCACCAUGAUAAGAAUUAACUCUGAUUGCAGUAAUCAGACCUAUGGCUCAUCUGUUUAGGAAGUGGGCUCAAAGACCUUCACUCAAGCCAGUCACCAGCGGGAUUUCCAAAGGUUUUGGCUUCACUUGUGGCAGCUGUUAUGCUGUCAAUGAUUUACACUGUCAUGUAUAAAGGAGUGCAGCAUACAUAUGCAAUUUUGUUACUUUGAUUGGUUGAAGCAUCCAGAUGACACUUUGGUCUGCACCGUUCAAAAAACCUGUGAACUGAUCUUUCUAAUUUGCAUCAGCAAUUGACGUCAUAUCUUUCCACUUCAAUGCUCAGGACAUUUUCAAAAAUGUCAAAUCAUUUCAACAAAUAUUUCCAGAUCACGUGUCACUUUUACUCAGUAUACACAUUUCUGUGAAUCUCAAUAACUCUGUUUACUCUCCCUCCUGUAGAGCCAAUAGAAGCAAUUCAUGUGAAAAACCAAGGUGGGCCAGCGAUCCUCGAUGAGGAUUUCACUCUGCUCUGUGAAGUGACUGGAUCUGAAGUGACCGCGAUUCAUUGGUGGAAAGACCAGAAGAUUAUUUCUGCUUUCGAUUCGAUGGUUUUAGACAAUGACAACAAAACACUGACUCUCACACCAGCCCAACUUUCAGAUAAAGGAGAUUAUCAGUGUUUGGCAUUUAAUGAAGUUAGUGAAUUGGUCAGCAGCUCUUACACUGUCGAAAUAAACUGUAAGUAUUUUUCUGCACAUCAGCACAUUGCCCAUACAAGAACAGCAGAAAAAAAUGUAAUUAAAGAGCAAAUCUUUUAAAUCUAUAAACAUGCAGUCAGUCUUGUGAACAUGUUUUAAUGUCUCUUUGUUUAGUUGGACCAACAAUGCCAACUAUCACAGGACCAAAAAUAGCAUUCCCAGGCGACAACAUCACACUCACGUGUAAUGCAACAUCACACCCUCCCAGCUCCUACGCCUGGUUCUUCAAUGAUACCAUAGUGGCCGUCACGUCUGAGUACGUCCUAUCUCCUCUUACCUUCAACAUGAGUGGGAUGUACACCUGCAUGGCCUUGAACCACAUCACCUUCAAAAACAUCACAGUGCACAAGACGCUCACUGUUGUUGGUGAGGUGACUUAGACAGCUUCACAGUUUUAUACAAGGAAAAAAGCAGCAUUAAGAGAGCUAAACUGGAAUUUUUCUUUCUUUUUAGAUCCAAUUCAUGGUGUAAACAUAGAAAUGCCAGAUGACCCUGCCAUAGAAGGUGAUGUUUUUAUGCUAACAUGUGAUGUGACUGGACCUGCUGAGUAUGUUGUCUGGAUGAAGCACGAACUCCCACUGCUUGGGGACGACAGGAUGACUUUUAGCACGGAUAAUAAGACAGUGACCUUCAACCCCAUACACCGCAAUGAUACAGGGGAAUACAUUUGCAUAGCUUUUAAUGCUUUCAUCUACAGGACCAGCCUCCCAUUCAUGCUCAAAGUUGCCUGUAAGUAACAAUUAAUGGAUUGCUGUCACUGUUAGUGACAAUCGUAUCAUCCUAAUUUAUUUGGAAAAACAUGACGCCAUUCAAGAUCACUGUCUCUUUUGCAGUUGGACCAGAUGCACCACACAUUAAAGCACCAUAUUAUGGGGAGACUGGACGGCAAGUGGACUUAGAAUGCUCUGCCCACUCGAUGCCUCCCAGUCAGUACACUUGGUGGUACAAUGGUUCAGAGGUGGCUUUUACUUCAGUGUUUAGAACCAAAACUUUACAACUGAAUAUGAGUGGAGAGUACACAUGCAUGGCUUACAAUAAUGUCACAGGCGAGGACAGCACAAUCUCUCACAAGCUCACAGUCAUCGGUAAGAAAACUCAAAUGCGGAUAUAGAUCAUUAAAUGUAGCUCAUGUGACUGCAUUACUGAUUUCUGCUUUGUUUCGUGUCCACAGAGGCCAUUGAGUCCCUGAUGAUCACAAGUGACGAGGAAAUUCCAAUAGACACUAAGGACUUCACUCUCACCUGUGAAGUAACUGGGCCCUAUGAUAGCCUCUACUGGAGGAAGAACGAUGUGGACCUGAAUAUGCACAGCCCCGAAGCUUCAAACAUGUCCUAUUACUCUGAAGGCAACAUGCUACACUUCACUCCACUUACCAGGGAUGAUGACGGGAUUUAUGAGUGUGUUGCUACCAAUAAGGCCGCUUCCCAUGUCAGCAAACCGUACACACUCCUGGGGAACUGUGAGUGUAACAGGACACAACCAGGAAAUAUAACUGUUGGCCAGUUUGUAGCUUUAGAUUUAUUUGUUUAUUUGACAGAAAUACAAGUGUAACAUGCAAGAUCUAUACAUGACAAAGUUAGCAACAAUAUUUAUUAUAAUCUGCAGCCCCCAAAGUAGUUAAUAUAAUAUAAAGAGAUUUUAAAAUAUAAAGAAAUACAUUAGCGAAGUCUGGAUGUUUUUAACGCCCCUCUAAUUUCAACUGAUCUUAAGGAAAUUAUUCCAAAUAAUUUCAAGGUAUAGUAUCAAAGGUUUCACUGCAUACAUAUUUUACAGUUACAAUUGCAUAAAAUAAAAAAAAUAACAUGGUUUGAAUUUUUAGUUAUUAACAUUUUGGUGUUGAUUCAGGCCCUAUUUCUCAUUAACUUCUGCUAUCUCUACGAAUUAUAUAUAAUCUAACCCAUAAUCAUCUGGUUUAAGAGAUUAAGAGAGGACAACAAUAAUGAUUGAUUUCCAGUGGUUUGAAGUCCUUCUUCACUGUACAUCCUCUGACUUUCUCUCUGUGUGUUUGCAGAUGGUCCUCUGUCUAUGAGUAUCCUUACUCUAGACACAACACUGACCGGCCCCACCGUGUACAUGAAAUGCUUUGCUGAUUCCCGUCCAGAGUGUAAGUUCAGCUGGUUCUUUAAUACGUUUAAUGAGCCGCUGAUGGAAGGCUCCCUUCUCAAAUUCUCUGUGACAAAUGAGACCAAUGGGACCUACAUAUGCAUGGCGAAGAACCCUGUGACCAAUAUCACAAUGUUCCAGUUCAAAAACUUCACUGGUGAGAGUUUUUUCCCCUCUCUGUUUCUAUUCAUGAGCUGAAUGCAGAUCUCAGAUGUUUUAUUCUGGCCUGUCUUUCCUUCCUAGGUCAUGCUGACGGCCUCCACGCCCAAUCCAAAACUGCUCUUCUGAUGAUGGGUCUGCUUGCCUUGUUUGCUAAUGUUAUCUCCAUUUGA